AAUUGCUCCACAAAUACAACGCCAAUAUACACUCAUGAGUGAAACUAGAAAUGAUGUGCCUUUCUUCUGGAAUAUGGAAUAUAUAUCAGAUUAUUGUCGCUAUUUUUUAGAACCUCGAAAGCAUCCAUAGCUUAAUUAAUUCCGAAAGUAUGUGGUGCUACAAAUGGCAGUCUAAAAGAUUUUUCAAAAUUUGAUUUACUUCGCGUUGACAGCAGCUUCGUGUACCAAUUUGUGAAAUGAAAAUGAUAGUAGAUUCGCCGGAGGAAUAAAUACGUCUCAAAAACUAAAAUAAUGAAUGAAAAUAUACUUUUUUCAAAUCGAAUAUGUAUUCUGUUUCUUAGAACAAUACUUUUUUUUGCAAGUUGUGAGUGAAUUUUGAAUGAAAAUUGUGCCCGAUGAUGAUUUUAUAUUUAGAUUCCCAAUAAAACUGUCUCAAUAAGAAAACGUGCCCCGCCAGUGUGCCAAACAAAAUAACAACGAUUCCGUUUAGAAACUAUUAGGGUUUUAUUUGUUUUUCCAAUAUUUUUCAAGUCUAUAAAUAUCUUCGCAUAUUUUCAAAUAUCUUAAAAAUAGAGACAUUUGUUUACAUUUGGCAUCCCUGAUUCGAACGCUAAAUUCUGUUUUUUGACGUUUUGAGGGAUGCGAGUGCGAGUAAAUUCAAAAAACUUUGAAGUAGCUCGCACGCCGAAUCACACAUGACACUAACUGGCAUGAUGUGUUCACACGGUGUGAGUAGCUGCACUGCAGUAACUGACUAGAUCGACUCGUAUGCUUACUCGCACCGUCUGAACCCGGCUUUAAGCCCGUUUCAAAAUACAGCACCUUAUUUUUGAUCCGUGAAGUGUUUUGGCGGAAGGAAUAAAAGAAUGGAAAAUAAAUGCAUCGGUACAUUCCGUUUUUAACGUCUUGAACAAAACUGUUAUACAGCAAAAUCAUAAUAUGGGAAUCAAACAUUUAUGGAAUUUACUUACGCCACAUUGCGACAAAAAACCUCUGUUUGAGUUAAACAACAAAGCCGUUGCAAUCGAUUUAUCCGGAUGGGUCUGCGAAAGUCUUAACGUGGUAGAUUACUUUGUCCAUCCACGGUUUUAUUUACGAAACCUGUUCUUCCGCACUUGCUACUUACUGCAAACAGGAAUAAUUCCCGUGUUUGUUCUGGAAGGGGCGGCUCCUCCCUUGAAGUAUGGAGUUAUCAUCAAAAGGAACCAGAUCCAAUUCCGAGGAGCUCGGCCCAAAAAAACAGUUUCCUGUGACAAGGAAAACGGCGGUACCAGUCAGAACAGUCAAGGAAAAGCUGCAACGGAACAAAAGCGUAACCGUUUCCAUCAUGUGCUGAAACAGUGUGAGGAGUUGCUGAGUACUAUGGGCCUCACUUGUGUCCAGGCACCAGGAGAGGCUGAAGCACUAUGCGCGUAUCUCAAUAGUGAUAAUCUUGUUUAUGGUGUGGUAAGCCAAGAUUCGGAUUGUUUCGCCUAUGGUGCAGUCCGGGUUUUUCGAAACUUCUGCGCCACUCAAAACGGCGGCUCGGUCGAUAUUUAUGAUUUGGAAAAGAUCCGAAAGGUGAUGGAUUUUGGACAACAGAAAAUAAUCGCCAUGGGACUAUUUUUAGGGUGUGAUUAUUGUCCCGAAGGAGUACCCGGCGUGGGACGAGAGGCUGUUAAUAAGUUGCUAAAUUGUUAUGGUAGUAACGAAAUACUGAAAACAAUAAGAACCUGGAGAAAAACGGCCGACAGACUAACGGAUUUGGAAGUGAAAGUCGAGGAUAAGAACACUUGCUCGGAUUGUGGCCACCAUGGGAAAUCCAUCGCUCACCGUCGAAGCGGCUGUCAGGAUUGCAGAACGAAAAGCGGAUGCGAUGAAUCCAGAUGGAAAAACCAACGUCUUCAGAUCAAAGCAGAGCUGGACAUAAAACGAAAGUCGUUGCAAAACCCAGACUUCCCAUCAGAAGCAAUCAUAGAUGAAUUCUUGGUUCGUCCGUGUGAACUCCCGGCGUUGGAUCUCAAAUGGAAGCAACCAAAUCUCGUUAAAUUUAUCCGAAAUAUGGGAAACUUACUGCAAUGGGAUGAAAUCUACUGCUUUCAGAAGCUGCUUCCAUUAUUCACCAGAUGGCAAAUUAUAACUUUGAGUCGGAGUCCAGCUGGGAAAGUGAGUAUCAUGCUCGAACCGAAUUAUAUUAAAAAGAAACGCUCCCCCAAAGGGGUUGCCAGCUAUGAAAUAAUCUGGAAAGACGAGAAUUCGCUGUUCACCGGACUGAUUGGAAAUGAACAGAUCCAAUCGUUCUUAAGCGUUUCGGGAAAUACAGAGGAAAUGCUGUGGAGUACAAUAGAACCGCAAGAUCUGGUAGAGUUGGCCUAUCCGUCAUUGGUUGAAUCGUUUUUAGCAACAAAAACUAAAUCGAAAAAGAAAACUGCGAGAGAAAAAAAGAGGAAAGAAAUUACCGAAAAGAUUCCAUCCAGUAAUGGCAAACAAACUCAGUUAGAGCAAUUUUUGGAGACAAUCAACGACGAAAUUGGUGAAAUCGCGAGUUGUGAUUCUGAGGUGAAUGAACUUGGCAGUGGAAUUCAUUUAAAAUCGGUUACAAAUCCGAGUGAAGAUGUUGAAUCAGACGACGAUAAGGACAUAAGCUAUUCAGUUUAUUUAGAUCGAAUAGCUAAUGAAUCACCGGAUGAUGCGAAUGAUUUCGAUAUGUCGGCGUUAAUUGACCGUGUUUGUGAUCCUAACUAUGGUAAGAUCUCUACGCAGCAAGAUAUCGUUGAACCCCGCCUGGGAGUAGAGGAACUAUUAGCCAUGAGUGUCCGAAUUGAUGAUCUGGAUGACCACGAAGAGGAUACCAAUGUGGAAAGAAGACUUCUAUUAAAGGAAGACAUUGUUUCCCAUGUAACGGACGUGUGUGAUAUAUCAGUGCUCAAUGCGUCAUCCAGUCGUCCAAGAAAGAGGAAAAGCUUCUUUUUUGAACCCCUCGACAUACCACCUCCAGAAUUACAGGAUAAUUUCAAAGAAAUGGAUAUGUUCGAAUGCUCGUUGAUGCUCAAGGACCGAGUGGUGAUGCCAACGGUCGAUCAAAUGAAUCAAACAAUAGUAUAUGACAUAGAUUUCUAAACAGGCAAUAUAUUGAUCGAUAUUCAUUCCUUCGAAAUUAUGGUUUCGGAUCGUGUGGAAGUUUGAAUCCAACCAUAUCGGCCGUCUCGCGAACGCUCCUCUCGCCCCGACCAGUAUAAUGCGCGUUGAUCUCCUUCAGCUUUCGAAUGGAUUCAAGGUAACAUAAAUACGUUUCCCCUAUGAACUGUACUUCCUCUCUUGCUCUACAAUGUUGCUGUUGUGUGGUUUCAAACUUUCUAAAUUGUGAACUGAUGUACUUAGCAGGAAGCGAAUUCAUAAAAUUUUCUUCGGAGCUAUUUCUUCUGAUUUCGGCUAAUAGAUUUUUCAUUAAUUUACCGCCCGCUUUAGUUGUGGCCAUGUUUUUCAGGUUGAAAUUUUCUGGUUAUGAACUCAAUGUCUUCUUCGUUAUAUUGCGGUUCGUCAGUUUCCCAAAAGUGCUGAUCUUUAUCUCUGAGCGCCGCUUUGUCAAAAUAGUGCAGAGAAGUGUCGUUGAAAAUUUCCUUGAAUUUGAAAUUAUUUUCAAUUUUAAUUUCUAUACAAUGAUCUUUUACGUUUAAGAUGAAUGGAAUAUUUUUUCUCAACAAUCUCUGAGGGUUUUUACUGACGAUUUCCUCGAAACUGUUUCCUAUUAAAAAUACGUUUUGUAGAAAUUCUAAUUUCCAGUUCCGCCAAAGCAAGUUAUUGCUUAUCUGUUUAGGACAAUGGGGCAAGUAGAAUAAAGUCUUCUCUUCCGCGAUAUAUUUUCCUUCGAGAUUUUCCUCCAAAACUAUUCCAUCCAACUGCUCAAGUAUUUGCCCCUCUUGUCGGCUGAGAAUAGGAUCGUAAUAUCGGAUUUUUCCUUUAAUAUUCAAUUCUCUUUGCAAACAGCGCACAAAGGCUAAUUGGAAACGAGAUAUUACACAUUCGGAUAGUUUUCCGAUUCCUAGACAGAUUAUUGCCUUUAUAUUCGCUCGUUCAAGUGGUGUAAGAAGUCUGUCGAUAUUCGCCUUGAAGAAAGCAGAUGUUACCAAAUCGCUCUCAGCCUCAGAUAGUUUCCUAAAA